CUUUAUUUUGUGUCUAGUACGAUAAAUACCGAUCUCCAAAGUGAAGACUCAGAAUACCAAAGGUGGAAACUGGAAUCGUCGGGCAGUCCUGUAUCCAUGGCGGACCAAGCGGGCACUUCCUCUUCUCACCUGGAAAACGUUCUUGAAGAAGACGAUGAUUACGACUUAAUAUACGGCGCUGAAUCAGGAUGGGUGGAAGCAAGAACGCAGUGUGAUCACUUGGCUUCUUUAUCGUCUGAUCUCGCUCACAUUCCAACCCCUAAUACUCCCUGCAACAGGUGCCAGCACCCAAGUGAGAAUUGGUUGUGCCUAUGCUGUAAGGAUGUGCUAUGUAGCCGUUUUGUGAAUAAGCAUAUGCUUGAGCAUCAUAAGCAAACAACCCAUUGCAUAGCGCUAAGCUAUAGUGACCUGUCAGUUUGGUGUUUCGCUUGCGAUUCUUACCUGGAUGCUCAAGUGAUUCGGCAACUGCGACCUGUUCACGAGACUGCAUACAUUCUGAAAUUCGGUGAAGCCCCUCCACAUCGGUCUGUUGAAUGCCCUCAGUUAGAAGAUAAACAGGCCAAGGAUAUGCCAUCAGGCAGUUGAAUCUCAUGGUACAUCAUGGUUUUCUGACCCCUGCUGUUUUGUAUUUGGGGUUGUGUACAAGGGCAGAAGAAGGUUGGCUUGGGAUUGAAUGAAAGGUUUCACGUCGUCUUUACUAAAAUUUAAUACAAAACUAGCUGAAUUUCUGUAUGAUUUGGUCUGAUUUUAUGCGAUAGCCCUUUAUGAAUGAGUUGAAUUUAAUGAUAAUUCCUAACAAAA